AUGGGCGGCACUAGGGGCUUGGGCGACUCCCUCUCAGGAGUGGUUCAAGCCUCCUUUCAUGAGGCCAAUGAUGGAAAUAUCGCUUUAGGUGCUGGGUCUCUCCCUCCAGACCAUGGUGGUGACUCAGGUGUGAUGAGCAGCUCCAAGAAGCAUGCAGGCAAGUCUACUAGCACCUUAG